AAUCUAAAUCUCAGCAAAAGUUUCCGAUUCAAUAUCAAAGGACACAAGAAAUACUUUUUAACAGGAAUGGUCUACCAUGGCGAAUACCAUUUCAACUGUCGAUUCAUUGACAAAACUGGGACAAUAUGGUACAAUGAUGGUAUAACCACAGGCAAACAGUGUGUAAUUGAAGGAACCUUAUCAAAUACAGAUAUGACUGACUUAACCAAAUGUAAAGGGAAAGACAUUUCAUUAGUAAUAUAUGCACAGUGCUAUUAA